ACGGCAGUGACAGUAGCAGGAUGCUCUCCUCUUGCUGCAUGUGGCCUUUGAACCCAUUGUUGUGUCGCGGGUGACGUCAGUGCCGUGUGCGGGAGACGGAGCGGCGUGCGCCUGGCGAGACAAAGGCGGCGGACCGACCGGGGUCAGGCAGCAGCACAGAGCCGAGAAUCACUGUAUUUUUUAUUAACUAAAAGGUAACCGCUAACCUUGGAUUUCAGCCGCGCUCUCCACGGCGACACGCAGAAUGAGGAGCCAGUGACACUCCCGUGGAUAUGCUUUGAGUCUCCGGCAAGGGAAAAAACAACGGUGCCCUCUUUUCGCUUUUAAACGGUUUUUCUCCAACGCCCCCGUUUAGCUUGCUAGUUAGCCAUCCCGCUAGCUGGUAGCGCCGCACAGCUCAGCUCUCCUCCUCCCGGCGGCUUCUGCCUCAACAACUGGGCGACACGCGAAGAAGGGGAGCUCGUCGACAAAAGGCCAGAUAAACAGAGGGUGAGCUCACUCCCAACAAAAUAGGCAUCCGUGAUCUGAUGUGAGAUCCACGGAGAGACUAUGCCUAGCCCUUUAUUCCACCCCGAGAUUAUGGACCACGACGUGGUGAUCAGCAGCCAGCACAACGGGGUCGGUCUGCCCCGAGAGACAGACCAGGAGUCCAGGGAAGAAGACCACCAAGAGGCGCUGCGCUUCGCCCUGGACCAGCUGUCACUCAUGGCCCUGGAGAAGGUGGACUGUGGUGGCGGUGGCUCCGGAGGCAGCGGGCUGGUCGACACCCUGGAUGGGACCCAGGGUCCGGGCUCCGAGAGUUGCAACGGCGUGGGUGGAGGGGGCUACGUGGAUCUACAGAUGCUUGAGCACCCCAGCGGGUCGCGGGACUCGCCGACGUCCUGCUCUCCAUCCCCAGAGUACUACGGCUCAGGCGGGUACCACAUGGCCGGCUCGCACUCCAUGCUCCACGGGGAACAAAGCUCCGUCCUCUGCAGCAGGAAAAGAAGUGUCAACAUGACUGAAUGUGUGCCUGUGCCCAGCUCCGAACAUGUGGCCGAGAUAGUGGGCAGACAAGGUUGUAAGAUCAAGGCCCUGCGUGCCAAAACUAACACCUACAUAAAGACUCCAGUCAGAGGUGAGGAUCCGGUUUUCAUCGUGACCGGGCGCAGGGAGGAUGUGGAGAUGGCCAAGCGUGAAAUUGUAUCUGCAGCCGAGCAUUUCUCUAUGAUCCGGGCGUCCCGUUGCAAAGCUGGAGGGCCUGGAGGAGGAGGAGGAGGAUCUCUGCCUGGACCACCACACCUUCCAGGACAGACCACCAUACAGGUGAGAGUUCCCUACAGAGUAGUUGGUUUAGUUGUUGGACCAAAGGGAGCAACUAUCAAACGCAUCCAGCAGCAGACUCACACCUACAUCGUGACACCCAGUCGAGAGAAAGACCCGGUGUUCGAGGUGACCGGGAUGCCAGAGAACGUGGACAGAGCGAGAGAAGAGAUCGAGACCCACAUCACCCUGCGAACUGGAACCUUUGUAGACCUGCAGGGAGACAAUGACUUCCACACCAACGGCACCGAUGUCAGUCUAGAAGGCCUCGGCUCCCUGAGCGGAGGGCUGGGGGCGUCUCUGUGGUCCAGGGCUACAAGCCACCACUCGGCACCCCCUCCUCCCCCACCCUCCCCACCUCCUUCUAUUCCCAUGUCCAUGCACCACUCGUCCAGCCGGAAGAUGUCCUCAUCAGUCGCCUAUCACACGCACAACGGCGGCAUGAGCUCAGACAACUUCAGCGCCACCCGAAAGGCCAAUGAGGGUGGCAGCCCCACUAGCCCUUUUAGCACAGGGUCCAGCAGUGCUGGAGGAGGAUUCACUUUUGGGGGGGACUCCACCCCAGGACUGCCUUCCUCAGAUGAACUGGGCUUUGAGUUCAGUGCUUCCAACAUCUGGGCACCUUUCGUCAACGGUGGAACAGGCAACAAGACGGCCGGCUCCUCCCAGCAGCAGCAGCCUCUACGCCGCAACAGCAGUGGCCUCAGCGGCGGCGCCAUCACUCCACGAUUGUCUCCAACUCUGCCUCAGGACACGGGCGUGGGCCCUCUAGAUCAUCCACUGGCCCGUCGUGCCCAGAGCGACCCCCUCAGCACUCUCUCAUGGCUGCAGUCCGGCAGCGCAGGAGGCGGCUCCUUCUCCGGGGCGUCCAGCUCCAGCUCCGGCGGCUCGUCGACCGGAUACUCCUCCUGCUCGGCCUCCUCCCUGCCCGGUGGCUCGCCCACUGACUCGGAGGGAGGCAGCAGUGGCGUGGGCCUCAGCUCUGGGAUGCUGAGCCGACUGAAAAGCGGCUCCGGUCCCGGGGUUGCAGGUCUGGUUGGUGUCAGCCCCGGGGUCAACAGGGACUGCUUUGUGUGUUUCGAGAGUGAGGUGACGGCAGCCCUGGUGCCUUGUGGCCACAACCUGUUCUGCAUGGAGUGCGCCGGGCAAAUCUGCCAGUCAGCUGAGCCAGAGUGCCCCGUGUGCCACACUCCUACCACACAGUGCAUCCGCAUCUUCUCUUAAUGCCCUGGGCAACUGGGGUGGGGGGUGGGGGGUGGGGGGGGUAAAUAAUGGGAUGGUGGGGAUAGGAAGGGUACCGGAGUGGGGCACCAGCUGUGGCGGAGACAAUGGAAGGAUUCACACUAAUAACCUUCACACACACACACACAAUGGACCAUAAUAAAUGCAUUAAUAGAGAUGAUGAUACUAUAAGGAUGUUGAUUUAUUGCUGAUAACUGUCAAGAUUAAUAAUAACAAUAAUAAUAAUGACUAUGACUUAUUUUCAGAGUGGAGUAAAUUGAACUGGUUUGCAGACAGUUGGGGCUCAGACAGUCUCUCGGUGGUGAACUUAUGGAAGGAAACUAGUGUCUUAUCUCUCUUCAGGCCUUCAUUUUGACCCGGACCAGCCUGCACUGCUGGCUGCCAGUCCGUCUCAACAUUCUUCAUUCUGGCUUCUUCAGAUUUCUGCCUGCUUUCUCUCUCACAGCCUUUCCUUUUGACACUUUUGUACUUAACAGAUAUUUUUCGAUGAAGCUGUCAAUGAGGCCUGCACUUUUCUACUCCUAAUUUUAAUGUCCUCGGCAGGACGCGACCCGUUCCCAACAAAAACCCCUUUUCUCUUCUGUUCUCACCCAUGCUGUUGGUUGUGACACAAAGCAACAAGGUUCCUCUUUUUUCUGUAAGUUUGGAACGUUGUUUUUUUUUUUUUUAAAAAGGUCGGCAUGUUGUCAGGCACCUAGCAGAACAAUACACCCAAGGGACCUCUUAAGGAUGUUUCUCGUUGCCACAUAAAAUUUAGCCAUGACUAAGUAAGCCAAAUGAUUGCUAUUAAUAGACAUCUCUUAAUUCUUCGAUUCUGUAAUAUGUUGGAUGAAAUUGGAUGAGUCUGACCCACAUUUCAGAAUUUGUGGCUGUUGCACUGGUUCACAUGGAUUAUCCUUUGAUAGGUGAGAAACGUCCGAUUAGUGAUUCUGAAGGAAUGCGUCUCUAUAUGUUUGUAUGUUUGGGCUGCCUGACAAUCCCUUUACAUCUCUGUCUCUCCUUUCUUGUGUGUGAUUCUGUGUGUGUGUGUGUGUGUGUGUGUGUGUGUGUGUGUGUGUGUGUGUGUGUGUGUGUGUGUGUGUGUGUGUGUGUGUGUGUGUGUGUGUGUGUGUGUGUGUGUGUGUGUGUGUGUGUGUGUGUGUGUGUGUGUGUGUGUGUGUGUGUGUGUGUGUGUGAGUGUGUGUGAGUGUGUGUGAGUGUGUGUGAGAGUGUGUGUGUGUGAGUGUGUGUGUGUGAGUGUGUGUGUGAGUGUGUGAGUGAGUGAGAAUAAUGCCCACUCAUGCUGUUCUUCACAUCGGCAUCAUCAUCACCAUGAGAAGGUUUCUGGUUUCUGUCCCUCUCUCCUUCACUUUACUCUGGUAGUCUUAAAGCGAGGCGAUAAUGCUCUGAUCCAUCCACACUCAAGAUGUUUUCCUGUGUCUGUUACACUUAGAUCUGCUUCUUUUAGUGUUUUCUACUAGUUGUUGACUCUUGACUGUCGAGUGUGUGGCUAACAGACGUAUUUUGAACUCUAGGAUAAGAGGGCUUUUCUGAUGUCACACGAGAAUGUUUUUGUCCAAUAAGGAGAGACGGCCGCUCGUCACACAUGGAACAAUAAUGAGGGGGCUUGAUUGAACCUUUUAUUUCCCCCCCUCCCAUGCACUGUAACCCCCGGCCCGUCUAAAAAAAAAAAAAAAAAAAAGAAAAGGAAAAAAAGACGCAGCUCUUACUGUUUUUGUUCGGUUUGGUCUUCCACCCGUUUGUCACGGCGAAGCUGUACGGCACUAUCUCGGACGAUGCUGUUGCAUCCAUAUAUAUGGUCGGUUGUGCUGAGAUUUGUCCUGUGUUUCAUAGCAUUACCGAGUAACUCCAAGGAGGCGGUUACAUCCUGUUUUGUGUUUGUGCUUUGUUGUUCUUUUCUUUGUGUGAGUUUGCAGUAGCUGCCUCUUCUAGUGUUAAUACUCUACGUAUGAUUCGGGGCGGUGUGACGGUGCACAGUUGGCCCUAGAACGAGACAAGCCAUGACGAAGAAAAAAAAACGCCACACGUAAUUCUCAAGGGCUUCCUCUGACUGCACAGACACACGAUCACCUUUUCAGGCUCACACAGUAGGAAGAAUCAACUUAUCCUUUAUGGCAGCUAGUAGCUAGGUCAUCCAGGGCUUCCAGACACUUGUGUUCAAAUCCCAGCAGCUGCAGAAUGUUUUUCGUGUUUUUGUUUUGUUUUCUAAUUGCCCCUACACAGUCAUCGCAUUCAGAUCGCAGUGGGAGGUUCUCACAGAUCAGGACGGGUUUGUGAGGGGUUGUUUUUGUUAUCAAGGGUAACUCCGGGCAGUCGCUGCUGCUGUGCUUUGGUGCUCCAGCCAGUUUUGUUGUUAAUCUUAUUCACUGUGUUCGUUUGCUACUUCGGUGAUGAUGGCAGUAGCUCCCCUCCCCGAGGUAUCUGUCCUGGUUGAGCGCAGCAGUGCACUGACUUCGACAGUUUGCGAGAGGAAAAAAAACCUGUCCGGGAGCUGAACUGAUAGUCUUUGUGAAGACUAGGUGCUUUUGGUGCAGCUUCCUACUGAAAAAGCACGACAUGAACAAACCCCCAGCUGUUAGCGGGAUGGAGGGAGGGAGGCCGUUUAGUUCUCAGACUAACUUCUCCAAUGCACUGUAGACCUGACAACCCUGUUCUCAUUCUCCCCUCCCUCUGUGGGACCGCCGUGUUGAAACGGGAGAGCCAUCCUUUCGUCGGGCUCUGAUGUCAAACGUCGCUUUUCUUUUUCUUCGUGCACACUCGGAACAGAUGCAGGGGCUGCGAAUGUGUCUGAAUGAACAGAUCCUUGAUGAGUGUUUGUGUGAGACCAAUCUUAAAGCCCUACUUCUUUAAACUCGUCCCACGUUGUUAAAGAAUAAAAAAAAUAAAUGUUGUAUUUGCCAGACGGUUCUAAUGUAAAUCCUGGUGCUGCACCGGGGUGUUUCCUGGCCAUUGAGAGAGUGUUAGGGUUCAUGUACAGUAGUUUAAUUGUUAAAAAGGUACAAAUUUUUUCAGAUCGACUGCUGAUUUUUAUUUUUUUUAAGUCAAACUUUCCCCCCUCCCCCAUUUCCUUCCUAAAGGUUUGAAAACAGGGUUUCCUGAGGCAUGCUAGCCAGUGACCUCUGACCUUUUUUUUGUGAUUAGAGGAGGGGGAUGCGAAGAGAGCCACGCCAGUAAGGGGUGACAGAUGCCCCCUCAAGCCUCCGCUCUCCUAUUUUUGCUUUAAAUCUCUUUGUAUGCAGAACCAAAAUGUAAAACGUCAGCAAACGUAGGUUUCAGGCCUAACCUGUGUGUGUAUAUACCCUGGAUACAAUCAUUGGGAUCUUGUUUUCAAAAGCAAAAUGACUUAAUUGAAGAUAAGUGUAGUUUCUAAAGAACAUGUAUCAUUAUUUGUAAGUUAACCAUCUGCAUGUCUUCAAGCCACCUGGCAUUAGCUAAUAAUUUUUAAGAUAAAAAAAGAAAAAAAAACUUUUUACACGUUUUAUUUUUUACAAUUUAUUUGCUUACCUAAAUAUCCCAGACAAUAAUGUGACCCUUUUUAUUACUUCAAAUUUAUUUUUAUUUUCCAUUUUUUAUUUUCCUUAUUUCCUGUGUACUACAUAUAGGCAAUUUAUAACAAAAUGAGAAAAUUAUUGAAGAAAUUUUAAAAUUGAAAUAUAUUUUAUUUGAAAGUUUAUGGACCUUUUAACCGUGAGCCGGGAAAAAAUUGUAUAAUCAUAUAAUUUGAGCUGACUUGACGGUUAUGAGAAAUGUAUCAAGAGUUUUAUUUUUUAUGCUUCUUUAAUAAAGUCUUGUUUUUGGUUUCAUUUUUUUACUGUUAAAUAAGAACUCGUGUCUCGUGUCUUUAUUAGUAGAGUAGACCCACAUGGUGGCAGUAGAGAGACACCUGCAGGACAAACAUGAAGAAUGCUGCAGCUCAGGUGUGUUUGGAAACCCACACUGUAAAAUGAUGUUUUGUGACAGACUAGAAGAAAUGUGUUAGGCUGCCAGAAGAAAAUCUUCUCUGUGAAUUAAACAUCUUUGGCUUAUAGGCUGUUGAUCUGACAGAAAGGAUGUUCUGAAGAAGAAUAUUUUUCACAGAUUUCUGACAUUUUAGAAACUGAACUAGAGCCAAAGCAAUUACUACACUGACAGAAAAGGGAUUUUUUAAUGACCAAUUACAAUCUUUUUCAAAUAAAACUUCUCAAAUGUGAGAAAUGGCUCCUUCUUUUUGUCUUAAAUUCUAGCAAGCUGGAUAAUUGGGGAUUUUGGAUUCUUUGUUCAAAUUUAUUAAAGCCAUUUGAAGACAUUAAUGUGAGAUUUAGGAAACUGACACUUGUAUUUUCUGAGAUUUACAUUUAAUAAAUGGCAGGUUAGUUGAAAAACGGAAUUGUUUAAGUAGCACCACUCCGAAAUUAAGCUGUACAACCGUCCGUGUAUAUUUUGGCAAUUGGAUUUUCCGUUCUGAAACGGGUAUUGAAAAACAAAAAACGAGUGGUUAUUUGAUUUUCGUUUUAAAAUAUUAAAAUUAAAAUACAAGGCGUUUUUCCUUUUCAUGAUCAAAAAGGGAUAUACGAAAUUUUAAAAAUGCUUUGAUUUUCAUUUUAUAUUUAGAAUAACAAAAAAAUUAAAUCAGUAAGAGAAACGAAAAAACGUGCGUUUUUUCAUUUUCUGAGACCGGAAGUGGUCAUCAGCAAGUGUGGAGCCAAACGACAACAAGUUUCUCAGAGGGCGGAGCCAGAGAGCAGUGAUUGGUCAGACCAUAGAAGACAGCGCGCUAGCGUAUCUAGUCUGUGUAUAUCUAUGGUCGGCACGUCUGGUAGCAUCUCUGGCUGCUGUUGAUCUUGUUUUUGGAGUAAAACACGGUGGAAGCUGAAUUAGUGAGGAUGACUCCUGCUCCUGUCAUCUCUAAACUCCUCACACAUCUUUACCUGCACAUGAGGAAAAUCACUCCUGUAGAAUGCAGUGGUUCAUCAGAACCUCUGGGGAUGUCCUGUGGAUCCUGUGGAUCCUGUGGGUUGCAGGGUGGGUCCUACCUAGACCAGGCUGAUCCUGGACCAUCCCACAGAUGCUCAAUCAGAUCUGGAUGUGGGGAGUGUGGAACCCAGAUGUUCAGAGGGAGAUGAUGCCACAUCUGGUCCAGCUGAUGGAAGGUCUUGAAGUUCUCUGACUGGCCUCGACUGAAGAUGGUCGUCUCACUGGAUUUAAGGUUCAGAUGCUCAGUAACAAACUCCACCAAUGUGCCAACAGGGAAGCUUUAGGUUUAUUAAAUGUUGCUAUGAAGGUAUCACUGUUUUUCUUUGUGAAUGCAAUGUGCUCCAACUGAAACUUGAAUUAGAACUUAGAAGUAAAUCCUUCCAUCUGAAAGGAUUUAGUUGCAUUAAUAACCUCAUAACAUUCUAAUUUUUAUUCCAGUCUUGGUUGGAAAUAGAAUCUCUGUAUUGAUUCAGGUAAAAACUGAACUUCACAGCAUGUUGGAGCAAAACAACCAGAUGAAAACUGUGAUGGUGUUGGAUUGUCAGACCGUAAUGUUGCAGCUCAAAGCAGCUUUUCUAUCUCAGUUCAUUCUGACAUUCAGCUAUGAAUCAACACAGCAGAUGGUGAUCCAUGCUGUGGAAGUCUCACAUCUCCUGAUUUAAUGGAGCUGCUUUGCACUUUUUACACUGUUUAUUCACCAACACUUUAUUUAAUAAAAGUCCCAUCUAGUUUUUAUGAGGAAUGUGAUGUUUUAAUUUCUCUGAAUAACUGCAGUCUAAUGCAACAGCUGGAACUGUAACAUCUGUCCUGAUAUUGAUCAUGAAGUAUUGAUCAGAAUACUUGUGGUCAGCAGUCAUCCAUGAAGUUUUACAUUAAAAUCUUUACUUGUGUUGUGAACUUUGGAAAGAAGCAGAAACCUUUGCGUUGCUAUGGAUACAUGAGUGUUAAAUUCUGUCCAUGUUUCCAUUUUGGAAUGCAGUCCAGCAGAUGAGUUUGUUUUUACUGACAGCUACCAUUCAGUCUGAGAUAUUAAGAAUAAAUAAAUUUGCAUAAUGUGGAAAUGAACACAUUUUAUUUUUAUUUAUUCCUACAGCUGCUGCAAGGAAAGUUUGAGAAUGUGGAGGAAUUUAGUCUCACAAUCACAGACAAUAAAUAUUAUCUGAAAGUUGGGUUAUUGUUGUUUAUCAGCACAAUACAAAAAGAUUAAUGUUAGAAAUAUUCCAGUUGAGACUCUAGAAUAUCAGGAUUUAUGUAAAUUUACCUCAAUAAUAUGAAUGUUCAGGUUAAGAUUGUGCAGUGAUAUUUAUUAUGUAAGUUUAGCUUAUUAAAAUUUAUGACUCUGCACUAAAAUAUUAUUUAAAUUGACAUCAUUAUUAUAAUAUUUAGGGUCAGACCCUACAGUAUUGAGAUUAAGAAAUCAAAUAUUCUAUAAACUGAACUCAUUUGGAUAUAUUUAAGUGAGACUCUACAAUAUUAUUUGACACAAAUCUAUCUAAAUUUUAAUCAUUUUUAUUCCAAACAUUUACUGGCCUGAUUUAAAUAUUAAAAUCACUCCUUUCUAAUCCUCUGCUGUACGUUCAAACCUGAGGCCUUAAAUAGAAACACACAAGUAUCUGUUUGAAGGAACUUCUGCAGAGUCCUGGUUCCAGAACAUGAUGAUAGAAUUAUAGACAAACUUUAACAAAAGCUGCCUGAGAGUUUACAGGUUUUUAUGUUGGAUUUCUUCAGUAAUUUAAUGAGCGUUAUCAGCAAAAAUCAAGUGUUCAUUUGAUGAACUUAAUUUCCUAAAACAUCCAGAAUUGGAGCUCAUAUCUUUGGCAGCUGUAAAGUUUCUGCUCCUUCAAAGUUCACAACACAAUGAAUGAAUUCCUAAAACACUCUCAAUGCUGGAGAGCGUUUGUGAUGCUGAAGCAGUGAUCAGUUUUUCUGUUUCUUCUCUGGAGAUGCACAAUGAGGGACGUCUGCAGAGACUGAGAAAGAGUCUCACCACAUCCUGACAUGAGGAAAAAGACUUUAUUGAAGACUACAAUGAGAAAAACUAUCAGACAGCAGACGGCAUGCAUUCAAGAGAAGAAGACCAUCAAACAUCCACGUCAGCUGAUGGAGGUCCAAGAGUCUCACCGAACAACCAACCUACAGAGUGAAGACCUCGAAUCUGAUUGGACGGCCUCCUAUUCAGCCACAUGUGUGAACAAAUGCCUCUAAGCUGAUUUGUUUUCUAAAAUAAAUCUAGUUUGAGUCCUAA